AUGCGGCUUGCUCUUCGAUUCCUUUUCAUACUUGGCACGGCCAACGGCGCGGAGAUCCUGCAGCCGAGUCAGUUUUCCGCCUUUGGGUUCAUGCAUGUUUUCAAAGCCGGCGGCUCCACCUACGGCGCCGCUCUGGCAAAGUAUGCAAGGGCCCACCACAUGCCGUUCUUCACGGAUAUGAGAGAGGGUGGCCCUUCAGAGAUCCCGGCCUACCUGAGGGCCUUGAACCCGCGCACCAAGCACCUAGCAGUGGAUGCACCGCCCCCGCAGUCCAACUUCAGCAUCUUCCACGGCCAUCUCGUCGACAUGGGAUUUGGGAAGUUGAACCAUCACCACAGUGGCUCCUUCAACCAGUUUUUCCCGGCAGCGGGGAGGGCCAGUGCGCCACUGCUGGCCGUGGCGCUGAGGGAACCGGCAGCGCGCCUGAUGUCAGCCUUCAUGCAGCUGACAGCGGGGCUGGAGCAUAAGCCGGGCGCAUCGCUGUCCAUGGACCCACAGUCGCUUCAGGGAGGGGUCAUGGACAAAGGUAACAUGGAGGCCAUGUUCGCCGAGUUCAUGAAGCAGCAGGGGGUGGCCCAGUGCAGGGUUGUUCCAAACCAGGUGUUCGGGCCUCGCUUUGCAGCACCCUGUGCCGAAGGGGACCUGGACCCCUCAAAGCUGGCGGCCAUGAGCGACCUGUUGCGCCAGUACAUCUUACCGUUGAUCACAGAGCGCUUGGAGGAGUCGGCAGCCCUUCUGGAUGUAUUCCUGGGACUGCAAACGCCGCCAUCCAUGCUGCAGCUUGUGCGUCAUGGGCUUCCCAUUCGUUGUGGGAGCUACGAACGCUGGCGCUUGGGGCGACGCCAUGGGAUGCUGGAAGAGUGCCAGGACAACCCGCGAGGUGGGAAGGGAUCUGGUGCCAACCAAGCUGGCCCGCUCGUAACUUCUACUGUCCGCCGAGUGGUCGACAAAGCCAUGGGUUACGAACUUUGGCUGUAUCAGAAUGCGACCGCCUUGUUCAACACACAUCUCAAGCUGCUUGGGAUCCAUACCGGCAGGCCACAGGAGUUCAGUUGCAAGCCGAAGACGCUACAAGGGUGCACCCGGAAAGAGGCCAAGUUCAUGUCCAGGUGGCAGUCCACUUCUCGUGGGGAGCUUUCAGCUGAAAUCCGCCGGCUUACAAGUAGCAUGGGCAACUCACCUGCUAGCGACAUCAAGGCAAUGAAAAAGCUGGCGGUCUUGGAGACUUUGCUCCAUGAUGCACAAGAGCCUGAAGCCAGGGAAGAAUUGUGA